UGUAAACAGAGUCAGGAGUCCACAACCAGCUGCUUUUUUUUACUCUUGUUUCAACACCAACAACUUAAUUUUCUCCUUUUUUGCCGCUACUGGAUUGUCUUCAUUAUUAAAUCACAGGGACUGGGACAACAACAACAACAACAACAACAACAACACAUGGCGCUCCUGAGGUCAGGCUGGCUGUGGAGACAAACUUCUGUCCUAAAACGCUGGAAGCUAAACUGGUGCGACCUCUGGAUAGAUGGCAGUCUUUGCUUCUACAAGACGGACAGCCGGCGAGAGUUGGAGCACCGCGUCAGCCUCAAGACGGCGUGUGUGGACGUGAGAUCGGGCCUGGAGUGUCGAGGUGUGAGUCCACCGGAGAGUAAUCCCAGGGAGAAUCUCAUUGUGGUUCAGCUCACAAGCGGCUCAACAGUCAACCUGUGUGCUAACAGCGAGGAUGAAUCCAUAGCGUGGAAACUGACUCUGCUCGACACCAGGAGAAACCCAGUGUUCACAUACGACCCGUAUGACGACUUCUACCAAGCUGUCCCCAUCAACAGCUACCAUACGGUCUACAUCACGCCUGGAGCAGGACCAGGAACCCACCAGGUGGUUGUUCAGAGGGACCCAUUUGAUGGAGUCUUGGAGCAUCUGGCGCUGGGAUUGCUGGCGGGCAUGGCAGCGGGCACGGCAAUGCGAUCGUUCCUCUGGAUGCCCUUCUUGUUCUGCUGA